CGUCUAAUAAUUAAGCAAGUUCGACACAAGUUAUGCUAGUGCUAUACAUAUAUUUUAUUUAACUAACUAGCAUUGAUGUUAAUCCCUGUAUAACGCGAUUAUGUGUUUCAGUUAAUUUUUGCGGUUUGUUUACAAACGGUUUUAAUUUUGAUUAAAAAUGGAAGUGACUAGUGGUGCAGAGGAAGGAUUUAUUCGCGAGUGGACCCCUUGUUCCCAUAUUUUGAACUUAAUUCCUCCUAGAAUUCAAACGGGAAUAUUUUCUACGGAAUUAUCCUUAACAUGUGUUGAUGCGGUUAGUGAAUACAUAGCUCUUGGCACAAACGUUGGUUUGGUUUAUUGGUACGAUAGGAAAAAAGGAAACAUUCAAAGAUUGCGAUGCGAGGCGUCUACGUCCCCCAUAACAUUUGUGAAGAUAGUAAGCACAGUUGACUAUAUGGUGGGCGCUGGUAACGCUGCGGGUCAGGUCACCGUCUUCCAGAUCCCCAAAGAGCAUCCAGAGAACAUUCCGGACACACUAAAACCAAAGGUCGAGCCAAAGGUGGAAAGGUACACGAUUGGCGAUCUCCACAAGAGUAAAAUCACGUCUAUAGAGUGGUCAAAGAAUGGCAUGCGGCUGUUCUCCGGAGACAAGAGUGGCAUCAUCAUUAUGACUGAGAUUGACUUCUAUAUGCACUUAUGCAAGUCAAUGGAAAUAGUGAAUGAAGAGUAUGAGAUAGUACAGAUGAGUUACCACCAGAACAGUUUGCUGGUGUCCAGUCUGUACCGCACUAUACUCUGCGAGCGCCGCGACGCGCGCUGGCACGUCAGCCAGCUCGGCAAGAAGGAGAGGAAGAGCCUGUGCCGGCUGGGCGCGGUGUUCCAGCACUCGUACGCGCGCGGCGGCGGCGCGGCCGCGUACUGCGCGCGCGCCGGCCUCCGACUGUGGCGCGCCGACGCGCAGGGCAACGUGCUGCACACGCUGCUCUUCAAGGUCGCCGUCGUGGAUGAUCUCAGACGAAUAUUGUCCGUGUCCGUGAACAAGGAUGAGAUCUUUGUGCUGGAGGGUCCUCGCUCGCUGGUGCGGCUGGCGCACGCGCCCGAGCCCGCCGCGCUCGCUCGCGCACAAGACGAAAAAUCAAAUUUGAUGACUCGUUCGCUAACGACGUCUAUCCAGCAAGCUGUGAACACGGUGCGCGAGCUGACGCAGCUGGACAGCACCGCGCCGUACAUCAACAGUGUACUGGAACAGCCACUGUCCUUGCUGACCAGGAACGAGAUCAUAGACAGCGGAGUCGUGGCCAGCGCUGAGGAGUGCUUCGAAUUACCGCCCAUAAAGAAUCUGCCCAUAGACAUCGCAGAUAAUGUCCUAGAGUCUAUUGUCAAUGAGUUUAAAGAUGUAUCAAGUGAUGCUGAGGAAAUAAGGAAAGUGAAAUCUGAAGAAUUGCAGAAGAAAUUGAGUAUGUAUAAUAGGAUAAUGGAGAAGAAAUGCGAUGAGGAGGUGAUACACAGUAGUAAAAGGAGUCGAAGACGUGAGACGGGGUCCGGCGCGAGCACGCCGCGGCUCAGGACGCCUGCGCGCCGCACGCCCGCGCACUGCUACACCACGCCUUGUGUUAUGAACGUCAGUGUGUACAGUAAUGAUACACAAAGCGACGAUUUACUUGAAAAAGAGAUUGAAGAGAAAGAGAAAAUCCUAGCCAAGUUAUUGAAUCUCGAAUCUUUUAGUAUAACGAGUCAUAUAACAAAGCCAGAAAACACAAUAAAAGAGCCUCAAGAGAUCGAAUACUUCAAACCGUACGAAGAAAAACCGGUGCAUAUAGAAAAACAAGAGAAACCGAUCAAAAAACCUGUUCAAGUGAAAAUGGAGCCUAAUGUAAUAGAUUUAGUGCCUAAAGUGGUGCAGCUGCCGAACAACUGGAACCUAGAGAAUAUAGAAUUGAGGUUAGAUUUGAAAAACGGAGUUAAAGAUGUCCUUUCUCCGGACGAGCACUUGGACAGCGAGUGGGAGCUUAUCUGAUCAAUGUGCACGCAUUUAGAUAAUGUUACAUCGAGAAUGCGUCAACAACGCGGCGAAGAAAGUUAAUUAUUAGCACUAAUGUUUAUUUAAAAUGUAGCUAAUAGUUUUACACGCAAAUAUAUGAACAAGCACCAAUAGCUCAGUGGCGUGCGCUGUGGAGUAAGAAAUGAGGUCGUAGGUUCCUAGCACAAGUGUAAGCAAAUUUUAGACGAUUACAGUCGAUGAGCUAGGCUAUGUCUAGAAUACUUUCUCGAUUUCGUGCUAGAUGUAGACAGACGUUAUGUUAAUUUACUCUCAGUUUCUGCCUUUUCUAGUAAAAUUGUAUUCCAAUUUUCCUAAAAAUUUGUGAGUUUUGUGUUUUAUAUUCCAAAAAAUUAUGAUUAUUAGAAUGUGGCUUUAAUUUUCGAAUCCUUAGACUUAUUUUAUAAUUUUAAUUAAAUGCAUUUAUAUGAGGCUAUAAAGUUUGUUGAAGCCUAAGAUCUAAUAUGUAAUUAAAUUUACAAGUAAGAUUAAAAAACAACGAGAAAUCAACACUUAGUGUCUCCCUUAGUGGACAUACUGUGAGUGCAGGAGUUAAAUUGCGUUUAUUUAUCGUGUAGCAGAUUUUUUAUUAAGUUCGAGUAGUAAUUAAAUAUAAAAGAGGCAAUUAUUAUUUUAUAGCUAUAGUUUAUACAUU